AUGCACGCCGAUGGCCGCGCGACGCCGUCGUUCGCCGCCGACGACAGCGUCUCCGGGCCGGGGGGCGCGUCGUACGCCGACGACCUCAAGUCGCUCGCGUCGCUCGCGGCGAAGCACGGCCUCGUGCUCGAGCUGUGCCUGUGGUCGUUCGACAUGUACAUGUGCAAGAAGGACUUUGACAAAAGGCGGUGCCACGACGACCUGAUCUCCGACGCCGCCAAGUCGAAGUCGUACGCGCUCGACGGCGCCGAGAACGUCGAACUCGUGAUCGAGGUGGUGAACGAGUCUGAGUGGUGCAUGAAGGGCUCGUGCAACACGCAGAAGAGCGUCGAGGCGGAGGCGUGGGCGCUCGACAAGCCGACGGUCAUCGCCGAGCUCCCGGCCUCGAGCGCACACUACUCGGCGGCGCAGCUCCUCUCGUGCUCGUCAGACAAUGGCUUCGCCGGCGACCUCUUCUGGGCGUACAAUGACGCCUCCUUCCCACUCGACAAAGCGGUCGUGCCCGCGAUGAAGGACGUCGCCGCCGCCCACGCAGACGCCACCUCGUACAGCGCUCUGCUCAACGCGCCAGUUGAUCCAUCGAACUGGCCGGGUUCGGCAGCCGGCGCCGGCGAGCUUCAAAAGAUUGGCGAGCAGCGCGAGCUGCGCGCUGCCGCCGGUGCAGUUGGCCGCCGCCGCCGAGCGCGCGCGCAGCGCGACGACCAGGUCGGACCACUGCUGCCGGAGAGCGCGGGCGGCAGGUGGCCGGCGCGCUUGCGCGCCAGCCCGUCCGCUGCCGGCUCCGCGGCCGCGGUCCAUGGCUUGCGCUUGCACCUCUCGAGCCGCAGCAACGCCGGCUACAGUGGCGUGUGCAAGCACCGCCCCUCUGGCCGCUUCGAUGCGCGUCGCAAGGUGGAUGGCAAGGAUGUCUACAUCGGCAAUUUUGGCACGGCGGUGGAGGCGGCGGUGGCCUAUGCGCGAUCGGUCGGCGAGUACCAGCCUCAGGCUCAACCUUCGUCGGCGCUCGGCGGAGGGCGUGGCGCCGCGGCACGCGUAUUCGAGCACACUGCUGGCCGCUUCAGGGCGCAGCGCAUGAUGGCCGGACGGAAUGUCCACCUCGGCACCUUCGGCACAGCAGUGGAGGCGGCGGUGGCGUACGCGCGGGCGGUCGGCGAGUACCAGCCUCCGACAGUGGCGACAGAGGCGGAGGGCUUGCGCUUGCAUCUCUCGAGCAACAACGCCACCGGCUACAAAGGCGUGUGGCGGCACCCCUCUGGCCGCUUCGUGGCGCAGCGCAAGGUGGGCGGAAGGUAUGUCUACUUCGGCCUCUUCGACACGGCGGUGGAGGCGGCGGAGGAGGCGCGGGCGAAUGGUGAGUACCAGCCUCAGGCUCAACCUUCGUCGGCGGAGGGCGUGGCGCCGCCGCGGCACGUGCAGGUCCUCGAGGAGGAGGCGGACGACCAGGACGAUGCGCGGUACAGGGUGGACAGAGAGCAGGUCUCCAUCGGCUGCUUCGACACGGCGGUGGAGGCGGCGGCACGGGACCGGCGCGCACCGUAA